GUAUUGUUACUCAGUAGGAUAGAGUUACGGGAAGUUUUCUUUUUGUGUUUUCCUGAAAACGUUUUCGGACAGCAGGGAUUUCUGCAUGAUUAGAACAAAGAUGGACAGUUAAGAAAAGUACUGAGCAUCUCCAAGGAAACAGAAAACAGUAUAACACAAAAUAUGAGCUUUCUCAGAAAGUUUUUUCUUUACAAGUGUCUGUUUGCAUUAACUUUUUGGAACUAUGUCAGCCUAUCCAUGGAAGAUGAACUCUUUACAUCGGUUUCUAACAAUUUUCCAGAAGAUGGUUCUAACAAAAAAAUUGACAGCCUGCCACUCCUGUAUGGAAAAAGUCAUCAGUCCAAAACUGAUUAUGGUUGGGUUGUGAUACAGAAUACUACAGAAAGCCUGUCAUUGUCAGAAAUCACAAAUAAAAAUGUAAAAAAAUUGGUAGCUUUAUUAUCUAAUUUCAGACAAGGAUCCAAGUUACAAAAUCUGACACUGACAAAUGUGUCAGUGAAUUGGAAUGCUCUUAUGGAAAUUUUUCAGACUGUAUGGCACUCAUCCAUUCAAUACUUUAAUACUAACAAUGUAACACAACUGUUAGACGUUAAAAGAUAUAAGUUUGACUAUUCAGGUACCUCUAUGAAAGCAUUGACAAUGAAGAAAACUAUAAUCACGGAUUUAUACUUCUCACAGGAUGAUCUAUACGAAAUAUUUGCAAACAUGAAUAUUGAAGACAUGACAAUAGCUGAUUCAGAGAUGAUACAUAUGCUAUGUCCUUCAUCUAAGAGUCGCUUUCGAUACCUAAAUUUUUUUAAGAAUGAGUUAACAGAUUUACUUUUUCAAGAAUGUGACAACCUACAUCAGCUGGAGACAUUGAUCUUGAAGAAGAAUAAAUUAGAGAGCCUUCUCAAGGUAAGCUCCAUGACCAGCCGUAUGAAAUCCCUGAAAUACCUGGACAUGAGCAACAACCUGCUGCGGCACGAUGGAGCCAAGGCGCAGUGCCCGUGGGCUGAGUCUCUGACUGAGCUGGACCUGUCCUCCAACCAGCUGGCCGAUGCCGUGUUUGGGUGCUUGCCAGCCAACGUCAGGAAACUCAGCCUAGAGAACAACCAGAUCAGCAAUGUCCCCAGGGGGAUGGUGGAGCUGCAAUGCUUGGAAGAGCUGAACCUGGCUUCGAACAGGCUGGCUGACCUGCCGGGGUGCAGUGGCUUUCCAUCGCUGCAGUUCCUCAACAUGGAGAUGAAUUCGAUGCUGACCCCUUCCGCUGAGUUCUUCCAGAGCUGCCCGAGGGUCAGGGAGCUGCAGGCCGGGCACAACCCGUUCAAGUGUUCCUGUGAGCUGCAGGCCUUUAUCCGCCUGGAGCGGCGGGCGGGGGGGAAGCUGUUCGGCUGGCCGGCGGCGUACGAGUGCGAGUACCCGGAGAGCCUGCGAGGAACGCAGCUCCAGGACUUCCACCUGAGCCUGCUGGCCUGCAACACGGCGCUGCUGCUGGCGACAGCCCUGCUGCUGACGCUGCUGCUGGUGGCCGCGGUGGCCUUUCUGUGCAUCUACCUGGACGUGCCGUGGUACGUGCGCAUGACCUGGCAGUGGACGCAGACGAAGCGCAGAGCUCGGCACAGCCCCCCCCGGGAUCAGGGCAGCGCUCUGCGAUUCCACGCGUUCAUUUCCUACAGCGAGCGCGAUUCGCCGUGGGUGAAGAACGAGCUGAUCCACCUGGAGAAGGGGGAGGGCUGCGUGCAGCUGUGCCAGCACGAGAGAAACUUCAUCCCCGGCAAGAGCAUUGUGGAGAACAUCAUUAACUGCAUUGAGAAGAGCUACAAGUCGAUCUUCGUGCUGUCUCCCAACUUUGUGCAGAGCGAGUGGUGUCACUAUGAGCUGUACUUUGCCCAUCACAAGUUAUUCAGUGAGAAUUCCAACAGCUUGAUCCUCAUUUUGCUGGAGCCCAUCCCUCCGUACCUUAUCCCUGCCAGGUACCACAAGCUGAAAGCUCUCAUGGCAAAGCGCACGUACCUGGAGUGGCCGAAGGAGAGGAGCAAGCAUGCCCUGUUCUGGGCUAACCUCAGGGCAGCCGUUAGCAUUGACCUGUUAAAAGCUGAUGAAAACUUGUAUGAGGAAACAGAUUAAGAAUAUUUCUAAUGGAAUUUCACUUGUUUUUUCUUAGUGAAACAAUAAAUAUUAUUUCCAUUCA